AUGCAUAACUUACUGGUAGCGCGUAGCAUCGAGCGGGGUCGUCGGUCCGGCGGUGGUGAGCGUCGCGGGUGCAACGUGUGCGGGUCGCGGGCGCACGCGGCCGACUGCAGCGGGGCUUCCCCGCCGCCCGAUAGAUUGACAACAAACAGAAUGAAUGGAAAUGAGGUCGCUGGAGACGACCACCGACCACCUAGCACCCACCACCGCCGGGCGCGUCAAGUCUUUCUUGUUAUUGAUAAUGUUUGUGUCGCUCGCCCCGCGGACGCGUCAUUCAUAACUAUGCAGCGCCGCAGAUAA